UACACUCGGAUGCGACGGAAGAGGUGGGGCUGUGGCAGGAGGCUCCCUCGGCGGAUGUUGCUGUCCUCGUCCGUGGGUUAUCGGAAUCCCGGCCUCAUACCUCAGGCUCCUCUAGUCUUAUUCUCCACUGGAUCAUGAUCGUGUAGCUUGCCUCCAUUGACGCUUUCAUCUCACGCCGUCAUCGAGUUUUUGCUCCCUUUGCGGGUCUCUUUUGGCUCAAAGGUCGCGGGGUUGGUGAUGAAAGCUGGAGAUUUGGCACCGGAUUUGCCAUUUCUUGGUUUCCCUGGUUAAAUUAAAGAUCCGACCUUCUUUUUUGGCGCCUGCUUUGUGUUUUUUUUAUUUCAGCAAUCUGAUGUUUAAGUCCUUGGAGGCUCUACUGUAUGCAACUUGAGGUAUCAGAGGGUUAUCUUGGUUUAUGUUUUUAUCUGCACGUCAAAGUCAUAUGUAGAUAGCAAGCGCCUUCUUAAUUUCAGCAUUGUGAAAGAAGGGAGGGAUUCUGUCAGAAUUAUUAUAUUUUUCAGUUCGGCAAGAAGAUCAAGCUAGUCGCAUAAAUGGACAAGCAGGCCAAUCAGAAGAUAGUGAAUUCAGAAUGUAGUAUUUUUCAGAAAUUUGCUUCUAAACGAGAUUCUGAACAUUCUUCGGUUGAAGAUCUUGUUAAUGGAGAUUCCUUAAUGAAUCCAAGGGAAUAUGUCAGGAACCAUGGAUCUCUUCUCAGUUUGCAACCAUGGAUUUUCAGAAAAGGAAGUUGUCCAAAGGAUAAGGAAAUGAUGAAGGUGCACGGUAAUCAUUAUGAGAUAACAGGGAAUGGAAUGGAUGAUUUCAGUAAUAACUCACUCAUAGAGAGUUUCCCGAGUGUUAAUCUGAGUUUUACACAUGAUAGAGGUCAAAGCUCUUUGAGAAGCAGGUCUUCUCACCGCAAAUCAACUAGACCUCUUUCUUCCUUGGAAAACUGCCUCAUCCCUCAUCUGUACGAUGAAAAUUUUGAAUUUGAGGAGUUUGCUUUCAGUUCAUUUCCUUCUUCCACUUUAUCAAGCACGAGGCCACUCGUUGUUACUGAUGGAAACAACGUAAUUAGCAAAUCCAGUUAUGGACCUGCCGACAUAAAUUUGCAUAGUGGCGCAGACAACACAAACAUGAAGAGUCUAUUCGGAGUUUCUCCUCUUCCUGAAUUUAGAACACCAAAAAGAAAGAGCAGACAGACACUGCCUCAUAAGUUAGAUCCUUCCAACACUAGAAGGCCACAGAGGCUUGCUCAUCACAAAGAUUCAGUUGAUGUGUUACAUGUCUUCUCUGUUGGAGUUAGCCUUGGAAUCAUAUCGACUAUACUAUCGAACAAAAAAGAAAUAGAGAAUUUAAAUGGCAUGUUGAAGACCUCAGAGGACUUGGUUCAUGAUUUGCAAGAGGAAUUGGAGAUGAAGGAUAUCGUAACUGUAAAAGAAUUGGCUCAUGAAGCUGGUGGGAGCCAGAAACCAAGUAUUGUGAAGGAUGAGAAUAACCAUAAAUGCUUGCCUGUGGAAGUGUUGAGGAGUGAAAUAGAAGCGGAGCUUGAGAUUGAGCUGGAGAAAUUAGAACUAAGCAUUAAUUCUUCCAGCCUCGAUGGAAAAAUGUCAGCACUUGGUGAGCUUGAUCCAGACCUAAUAGCUGAUUUUACAGAUGGAGAACUAAAAGCAGAGAAACUCUCUGGUAGAAUCUCUGAGGACCAGGCUAUGAAUGCAAGCAACAGCGACAGCUCCUCAGAGAACCCAACACACAGUGCGAACUAUUCGGUUUCACCACAAGAGUUGAGUUUACGUCUGCACAAAGUGAUUCAAUUCAGACUUGAAGAACGCAUUGAACAGCUAGAGAGAACACUAAAGCAAACACAGAAGCAACUCCAAUUGCUAGAAUCAGAUCACCAUCUCUCUCAGAGAGCUUUCUCCAGCAGCGACAUGGGAUCUUCCUCGAAUCUUGAUAGCCCAACUGGCACCGCAGGAAACAUUGCCUUGGUUCAGCCGUUUUGCUUGAACCUCACCGGAGAAGCCCUGGAUGCAUACGACGAAGUUUAUGAAGAGUUUGUGCGGGCAUCAAACAUGGAGGAAAACCGACCAAUGACAACUUACUCGAAAGACCAAUGUGAACAUUACUUGCAUUCAUCGUAUGAGAAUUUGGUACAGGAAAUGCACGAACCAAAAUCUCCUAGGAGGGAAUCAAUUGGGAUCCAGAAAUUGAAGAACAAGGAAACAUUCGAUGGCGAUGAGAUCGAUGAUGAGUAUGAUAAUGAUGACGAUGAAGACGAUGAAAUGAAUACUCUAAUCAAACAGAUUUUAGAGAAAACUAGGCAGGGAUCACCAACCGCACAACAUGUACAAAGAAUGCUGUCUUCCAUGGAUGACGAUUAACCAAAAAGGAUCAAUUGAUCAAAAGCUUGAGCUUUUCCCGAGAUUCUGUUCUAGUGGUAAGAGAAUUUUCUCUGCGGGAGAACAGAAUUAACUCUUUGGAAGAAUUGUUAGAACUAUUUCAUCAAGAGCAGCAGCAACAAUAAUAAAAUACACAAAUUAGUGGUGAAUCCAUUCAUCAAAUGUAUAUUUCGUCAUUGAAAUUGUCAUACAAAAAUUUUCAGUUGUUGGUCACUCACUGAUUAAUACAGCGAUAUAAUUAGGAUCUACUAUGACCCAUUGUAUACUUAACAAGGUGUAAAUAUGAUAACAAAUGUCUUAAAUAAUUUUGUAUUAGAUUUUACGAUGAGCUUUGAUUCACUUUUAAAAGACUUGUAAUGUUGUUUAAGCUGUUGGUAAACAUUUCUUCUUCCGAUGGAAGAUGUAAACCUUAAUUCCGACUCCGGCAUCCUCGAAAGCUUUGGGCGAGGAGAUCGUCCGCAUCGUCGACCCCUUCUCCGCCUGCAUGCUUCCCGCGUCCUCCUUGCCACCGCCCUCCACUACUACGGUGGUGAGCCGGUGACGGAAGGAGGAAGCGGCUUUACGUCCAUCGCAUACUCCGAGAAAGCCUCCGACUUCUUCUGGAACAAGCUCGAAGCUGCUCGCCUCCACUCCCUCAUCUUCGUCGCCGUAAUCACCGUCCUCACCUUCCUCCUCGGCCAUUGAUGUAGUCACCUUCUCUCUCCCCCUGCUCAAUUUCUCGGUCGUUGGAGCUCUGGCGGUGUUCAUGUCAAAAGUUCUGGAUCUGGGUGACGGUAGGGGUGCUCGUGGGACCACCUGGGCGCUUCUGAUCGCGAUGUCCUUGUACAAUUUAGCUGAUGUUCUCUUGCCCAGCGGACCCUUGAGGCUUCUCUUGGAGCUUGCAAUUACAAGAGAUGAGGUGUUACCUGCAUUCGAGGGAAGGCGAGCAGAACCAUCCGGGGGUGAGAAGGAGGCUGUGGAGAGAAAGGAGGAAUACCGCUACCUAUUCUAGUUCAAGCUUGAAUGGUCUAGAAGCUGAAAUUCCAAAUCCAAGAUCGCAAGAGGCAAAUCUGGUUAUUGCUAGAGAAGUGGCAUCUAUUCCAGCAGCGACUUCGCCGUUGCUACAGCAACAACUGAAAAGGCACAAGGAAGAGGAUGUAGAAGGAAUCGGUUUAGGUUCAUCAGGAGCAGAACUCUUGCCAUCAUUAUCACUUCGUUACUUUUAGCAGUUUACUUCAAGCCAUUGCCAUUUGCCAGCCCUUCCAGUGCCCAUCACGCUCGGUAUGCUCUUUUAUCUCUUGGCAAGGUAUUCAUUGGAAGUGUUUAUCGUCUAGUAUUCAAUGAACCCAUCGAUGUUCUAGCAAGGCAUUUUUGUCGAAAAGGAAACUACUGAAAAUUGCAUGCAAAUGUAUGUUUAAAGCAUUUUGCGAACCCAUCUGUUCAUGCAUUGUGACUAAGUCCAACAAUAAAUUUCUGCACAAAGUUACUUUUGAAUGAUUCCCAGAUAAUUUGCCACUGCUAUUGAGCUUUCUGGUGUUUCUCAUGACUGAAUUUGAAGCUUCACUCAAAUAUAUCUUCAAAUAUGCUUUCCUGCUUGUUAGAUCUUUGCAUUACUGCCAUAAUAACAAAGGGGAAGUGUCUUUACUCUUGAACUGAGGUUACUGAUGGGUUUAGUUCAUUAUUGUGAAGCCUGUGCUAGUAAACAAUGUGCUUUAAUAUGCUAAACUCACUUGUAAAUAAAACUCAUUUUAUCUUCAAUCUUCAUGAAAAGCUAAUGUCUCUAUUUUCAACUGCUGUGCUUUAAUUCAUGUGAACUACCUAAAUUUUUUAAACAUAUCAUCAACUUCAUCCAGUCAAAUCUUGAUGGAGAACUGGAGUGGCAGAAAAGGAUCAUAUGUCAGAUGCUUUAGAAGGUAUGACACAUUAUAUACUAUGGAUACCCAUUGGUAACAAGUCGUUACACUGAAAUAUUGGUUGAACUGCAACUAUGGCAUUAGUGAUAACAAGAUGAGUGAUGCAGACAGCGUCUUAAUGAUAUUACCAAAAUAAACAUAUUCGAGGACGAAUGAAGAUAAUGCAUCUCUGUAGGAAAAGUUUAGCAACAUACAUCUACAUAAGGUUAAAAGGAAUAUGGAUGACCUGAAAUUCUAAGGAUUUGGCACACUGGAAGGGCAUCAUCUGUCUGCAGCCACUUGAUAACAGAUUCCUGAAGACUUAUACAUGAUACAGACACUUUGAAGCAAUUUCAAGACUGCAUGGGAAGUCACCGCCUUCGCUGACUCUGCAGUGACUUGGGUGAACCUUCGAAGAGAUCAAGCAAGAGUUCUUCCAAGUCAUUUGGUGUGUACUUGAGGUAUCUCUCACGAUUUCUGUCACCAUCCAGAUGGGUAGCAUACCUACCUUCAAAUGUCCGAUAUGCUUGUAUCAGAUGGGCAGAAAGAGCGAUUCUCAGAUCUUCACGGAGUUCUUCAUUAGGAACUAUCCAUGCAGUCUGUGCCUUGUAAACCUCUUCAAAUGCAAGGUUGAAGCCUCGGAAUCUUUCUUUGAGAACUGAUACAGAAGGGGAGCUAGAAUUAUGCUUACAAAUACCCUCUUCCCUCAGUAAAGAGAUGACAGAAGACCAUGAGGUCCUCUCAUAUUCUCGUGCGUGCAUUUGGAAUUUCCAGAUGCGUGCACGAAUCCAGUCAUCACCCAAGAGGCUUCUUAGGUCAGAACCUUUUACUUUGUCAACCAUGUAAAAGAUAUUAUUCAUCAUGAAGAUAUUCUUAAGAGAUCCAUCUUGGUAAAGUUGGGAUCUGUGAUCAAGGUUUUCUUCCAGAAUUGCAGUCACUAGCUUCAAAUGCCAAGCCAGAGGGGAAGAACUCUGCCUACUGCAUUCUGACAGUAUAUGUUCUUUCUCAUGAGGGCCCUCAAGUAUCAAGUUGAGGGUCUCACUGUACGCAGAAAGAGCCUUUAUGUAGUUCAUUACAUAUUUUGUAAGAUGAUGGACGCCACCUCCAGCAAAGGCAGUGGAAGAAAUGUUUGAUUGAAUUUUAUACUUGAACUCCUCUAGGGUUCUUCUCACAGAUUCUUUUAAUCUCAUUACAACUUCAUGGCAUUCUGUCAGAACAUUAGAACCAUCGUCUUCCGGGAAGAACUGCUCCAUGUCCACAAGAAGAUCUUUUAAAGCCUCAAAUGUAUUGAGUGUCUCAAACAACUUCUGUGGAUCUGGAGGUGAAAUGGCUAUGGCCAUGACAAUGCUGAGAAGUUGAAGGACAGAACUCUUUGCAAUAUCGAGAAAGCAAGACUGUUUGACUGAGUUUGGAAGUUGCCCAAAGACAAGAUCACAGAGCUGUCUCUCCCUGGCAACACAGAUCCGAACAAAAGUAUACAUUGCUCGGUUCCACCUCCUUAUCAUGCAACUCAAAACUUUCCACUCCAUUUUGAGCACUUCUUCGAUGCUAAGUUUCUCGAUUUGGAGAGAAGACAAGCAUUCCUCGAGGGCACAUUUCCUGCUCAUGACAUAUGCCUGGCAACAUUCUUUGUUGUAGUUGGAUCGAGACAUCAGAUUGGCAAUGGAUACAAUAUCAGAAAUUAGACCAUGUUGGAUUGUAGCAAUACCAACAUUGUUAGGCUCUCUAGCGACAUCACUGUUUGGUCUGCUAUCAAUUGUCUCCUCGCCAAAAGAACUGCUCGAGAAGUCCAUGCUCUCAUCUUCUGCAGAAUGAAAGGAGGUGUUACCAGGCUCUAAUGGCUGGUAACAAUAAGCUAGAAGUUCCACGAACUCAUCCUCAACUCUUGCCAUUCCUAUCUGAAGAA